AUGGGCAUAAUAUCAUCAAUGUGUAAAUAUAAAAAACGAAAUAAUAAUGAUGUUAUCGUUCAUAAUAAUUAUACUCAAACUGUUAUAUCAACACCGAAUAUAUCAUCAAGUGAUAAAACUCAAUGUUCAACUAUAAGUCGUGAACCAACAAAUAAUUCAUUAUUUCGUCAUCAUUAUUAUUUUCCAAAUCGACGGCAGACAUAUUCAACAUCGACACAACAAUUACGAGAAUUCUCAGAUUUACCUCUUUUUUCAACACCAUUCUAUUUACCUUUUCAUAGCAAAAACAAUGCUUCUUAUCAAUGUUCUAAUCCAUAUAUUGCUCAAGCUUAUAAUUAUGUAGAUCAUUCUCAAACAACAGAUACGACUGAUUCAUUUGAAAGAACAUCAGAAUCUGAUAUUGUACAAGUUGUUGGUGCUGUUAAUAAUGAUCAUAUAGAACCUAAUCGAACAAUUACACGUGUUGAAUCAACAAUGACAACAGAUAUCAAUGAACAAUCUAUUAAGCAAAAUAUCAAUGAUGGAUCUCGUCUAAUAAAACGUUCUGUAUCAGCACCAAUUGAUAUGUUUUUAAUUGAUAUUUCAAAUGAACAUGUCCUUGUUGGUCAACCUGUUUCAAUGAAUAUUCGUCAUUUACUUUUAGAUACAUUAGAAAAUCAUCAUACAAAUUCAUCAACACCAAUUCGUGUUGAACCAUCGUCAACUACAACAUAUGCACAUGAAAAUCUUCUUAAUUAUAUUCCAUAUGUAUGUGAACGUUAUCCAAAUGUAACAGUUGAAGCGGAUCAACGAACUCGUAAUACACUUCAUAUUCGAGUACCAUCAGAAUUUUCUCAUUCUCUUAAUGCUAUAACAUGA